AUGGAUGCCUUUUGCAGACUCAGUGGCCUUGACCCGCUGUGGGACUGGAACCGUACCUGGUACACAGCCAACCCUGACCUGACCCAGUGCUUCCAGAACACAGUACUGGUUUGGGUCCCAUGUAUCUAUCUCUGGUUGCUGGCCCCCUUCUAUGGUCUCCACCUCUACUGCCAUGACCAUGGACGCAUUCGAAUCUCCUGCCUCUGCACCGCCAAAAUGGUUCUGGGUUUCCUGCUGGCAUCCUUUGGCUUUGUGGAGUUCUUCUACAUCUUGCUAGAGAGGAGCCAGGAGAUCCAGCAUCACAUUGUCUUCCUACUCAGCCCCAUCAUACGAAGCAUGACUGUGAUCCUGGCCCUAUGUAUCAUCCAGCUGGAGAGGAUACGAGGCUGUCGUUCCUCUGUGUUCCUCUUCCUGUUCUGGGUUCUAGCCGUUGUCUGCUCCCUGGUUCCUCUCAGAGCUAAGAUCCAGUUGGCCAUGGAUGAGGGUAUCGCCUCUGACAUUGUGAGAUACCUGGCGUUUUUCUCCUACUUCACCCUCCAACUGGCCCAGCUCUUCCUGUGCUGUUUUGCUGACCAGCCUCCGGAGGGGAAAACAGUCUUCGAAAAGAAUCCCUGUCCAGUGAAAAAUGCCUCUUUCCUGUCAAAGAUUCUCUUCUGGUGGUUCACUGGACUUGUUGUGAAAGGAUAUCGUACCCCUCUGGAGGCCGAGGACCUGUGGACCCUUAGAGAAGAAGACACCUCAGACAAAAUCAUCUCAGACCUGGAAAACGAGUGGACAGCUGAAUGUGUUAAAAUUCAAAAGCAGGAGAAGGCCUUGGCAUCAAGCGUGGCUCUCGGUAGCAGAUUGCCAGAUCAAGCUCAGCUUCUCAGGAAGCUUCGGAAGGAGCAGUGCUCUGGGUUUUUUCUGCUCUACACACUGGCACGCAAGUUUGGUCCUUACUUUCUCACCGGCACCCUGUGUAUCAUAUUCCAUGAUGCUUUCAUGUUCGCCAUUCCUCAGGUGCUAAGUCUGCUGUUGGGCUUCAUGAGGGACGAGGAUGCCCCACUUUGGAAGGGCUAUUUCUACGCCACCCUCAUGUUCCUGCUCUCCUGUCUCCAGUCCCUUUUCAAUCACCAGUACAUGUACACCUGCUUCACUGUGGGCAUGAGGGUGAAAACAGCUGUUAUGGGUCUAGUUUACAGGAAGUCUUUGGUGAUAAACAGUGCUGCCAGGAGGACUUGCACUGUGGGAGAGAUAGUGAACCUCGUCUCAGCAGACACCCAGAAGCUAAUGGACUUUGUGGUGUACUUCAAUGCUGUCUGGCUCGCCCCCAUCGAGAUUGGACUUUGUCUCUUCUUCCUCUGGCAGCAUCUUGGCCCAUCUGCGCUGGCAGGAAUUGCCACCGUUAUCCUCAUCUUCCCUCUGAAUGGAUUCAUAGCCAAAAAAAGGAGCAAGCUGCAGGAAGUCCAAAUGAAGUUUAUGGAUGGCCGCAUCAAAUUGAUGAAUGAAAUCCUAAGUGGCAUCAAAAUCCUUAAGUUCUAUGCCUGGGAGAAGGCCUUCCUGGAGCAGGUUUUAGGCUACAGAGAAAAGGAGCUCCAAGCCCUGAAGAAGUCCCAGAUCCUCUAUUCAAUCUCCAUUGCCUCUUUCAAUUCUUCUUCUUUCCUGAUUGCUUUUUCUAUGUUUGGAGUCUAUGUGAUGAUCGAUGACAGAAAUGUUCUGGAUGCACAGAAGGUUUUUGUGUCUAUGGCAUUGAUCAACAUUUUGAAGACUCCACUCAGUCAGCUUCCAUUUGCCAUUAGCACCUCCAUGCAGGCCAUUGUUUCACUGAAACGUCUAGGAAAAUACCUGUGUUCAGAGGAACUGAAAGUGGAUAGUGUCACAAAGGCACCUCUAAAUUCAGACGGAGAAGAUGUAAUGAUAGACAAUGGCAGCUUCAGUUGGUCCGCAGAGGGUCCUCCAUGUCUCAAAAGGAUCAAUGUCCGGGUGCCAAGGGGUUCGCUAGUCGCUGUGGUUGGGCAUGUGGGUAGUGGAAAGUCUUCCUUGCUCUCUGCUGUGCUGGGAGAGACUGAGAAGAGGACUGGCAGUGUCACAGUGAAGGGCUCAAUGGCAUAUGUGCCCCAGCAGGCCUGGAUCCAGAAUGCAACAGUCCAGGACAACAUUGUGUUUGGCCGGGACAAGCUGAAGAUGUGGUACCAGCGGGUGCUGGAGGCCUGUGCGCUGCUGCCUGACCUGGAUAUCCUACCCGCUGGAGACACCACAGAGAUUGGGGAGAAGGGACUCAAUCUCUCAGGAGGGCAGAAGCAGAGAGUGAGUCUGGCCAGGGCGGUCUACAGAAAGGCAGAUGUCUACCUGCUUGAUGAUCCACUGUCUGCAGUAGAUGCACAUGUCGGUCAACACAUCUUCGACAAAGUCAUUGGCCCGAAAGGAGUGCUUAGAGACAAGACCCGCAUCCUGGUGACCCAUGGCACGAGUUUCCUGCCGCAAGCCGAUCUCAUCCUUGUAUUGGCUGAUGGAGAAAUCACAGAGAGCGGCUCCUACCAGGAGCUCCUCAGUCGCCAUGGGGCCUUUGCUGAUUUUAUUCAUACCUUUGCCAGCACCGAGCGUAAAGAGAGUGCCAUUCAGAGAGCCGGUUCCAGGAAGUCCAAUGCUCGGCUAAGCAUGGUCGAUUUUAUGCCAUUUUCCAGAGACCUAUCACAGGAGCAGCUCAUUGGGGGUGAUACCACCAAUACCAACCUGCAGAAUAUGGAGCCUGUGUCUGAAACCGAGCAGGAACAGGUAUCAGAAGAUUUGGGGAAGCUGACUGAGGUUGACAAAGCCCGAACUGGAAGAGUGAGGUUGGAGAUGUACAUGGAAUACUUCAAGACCAUUGGCUUGGCCUUGAUCAUUCCCACCAUCUUCCUGUAUGCCUUUCAGCAGGGAGCAUCACUGACAUAUAACUACUGGCUCAGUCUGUGGGCUGAUGACCCCAUUGUUAACGGCACCCAAAUCGAUACAGACAUGAAGCUGACCGUCUUUGGGGCACUGGGCUUUGCACAAGGCAUAGCCAUUUUUGGUACAACAGUUGCAAUCUCAAUUGGUGGUAUCAUAGCCUCCCGCCACCUGCACAUUGAUCUGCUGAACAACGUGCUUCAUUCUCCCAUGUCCUUCUUUGAGUGCACGCCCAGCGGCAACCUGCUCAACCGUUUUGCUAAGGAGAUAGAUGCUAUCGACUGCAUGAUCCCCGAUGGCUUGAAGAUGAUGCUGAGCUAUGUCUUCAAGCUCAUGGAAGUCUGUAUAAUCGUGAUGAUGGCGACACCCUUUGCAGCCGUGCUUAUCCUGCCUCUUGCUUUCCUCUACGCCGGUGUUCAGAGCUUCUAUGUUGCCACAUCCUGUCAGCUGCGGAGGCUGGAAGCUGUAAGUCGCUCACCCAUCUACACUCACUUCAAUGAGACAGUCCAGGGCGCCAGCGUCAUCCGUGCUUUUGGAGAGCAGUCCCGGUUCAUUCUGCAGGCCAACAAGAGGGUCGACUUCAAUCAGACCUCCUAUUUUCCACGGUUUGUGGCCACCAGGUGGCUGGCAGUCAAUCUGGAAUUUGUUGGUAAUGGUGUGGUCUUGGCUGCUGCAAUUCUCUCUGUGAUGGGAAAGGACACCCUGAGCCCAGGCAUAGUUGGUUUGGCUGUGUCACAUUCGCUCCAGGUGACUGGAAUCCUAAGCUGGAUUGUGAGAUCAUGGACGGAUGUAGAAAACAACAUAGUUUCUGUGGAGAGAGUGAAGGAGUACUCUGACACUGCUAAAGAGGGUGCGUGGACCGUUGAGACCAACCCCCUGUCCCUUGCCUGGCCCCAGAGAGGCACCAUUGACUUCCAGGACUACGGUCUGCAGUACCGCAAGGGCUUGGACUUGGCGCUGAAAGGCAUCACACUGCACAUUCAAGAGAGAGAAAAGGUUGGGAUAGUUGGUAGGACAGGAGCAGGGAAGUCCUCACUUGCCCUGGGAAUCUUUAGGAUCUUGGAGGCAGCAAAGGGGAAGAUCUUUAUUGAUGGCGUGGACAUUGCAGACAUUGGUCUCCAUGACCUCCGAUCCCGUAUUACGAUCAUCCCUCAGGACCCUGUUCUCUUCUCAGGUUCCCUACGAAUGAACCUUGACCCAUUUGAUACCUACUCAGAUGAAGAGGUGUGGAAUACAUUGGAGCUUGCUCAUCUCAAGAACUUUGUCUCCAAUCUGCCAGACAAACUUAACCAUGAAUGCUCAGAAGGAGGGGAAAAUCUCAGUUUGGGUCAGCGUCAGCUAGUAUGCUUGGCGAGAGCUCUGCUGAGGAAAACCAAGAUCUUGGUUCUGGACGAGGCCACAGCUGCUGUGGACCUGGAGACAGACACCCUCAUCCAGUCUACAAUCCGCACACAGUUUGAGGACUGUACUGUAUUAACUAUUGCCCACCGCCUUAACACCAUCAUGGACUAUACCAGGGUGAUAGUUAUGGAUAAAGGAAAAAUCUCAGAGAUGGACUCUCCAGCCAACCUCAUCUCACAGAGGGGACAAUUUUACCGCAUGUGCCGGGAAGCCGGGCUGGUCUAGAGCUCCCCAGUCCCUUGUGCCAGUGGAACAAUAGUAUGGUCUAUAGACCCAUCACCUUCCUUCAGUGGCACUCCCGGCACAUGAAAAGGGGCCAAUUUCGA